CACCUUGGAGCGCACGUUAGUGACUUACACUACGGCGGCAAAAAAACAUUUCGAACACCGACCAACCCUAAUAUGGCGAUGGCUAACCUUUUAUUGAAACCCACCUUGCCGUCAAUCACCACCCACCCUAAAUUCUCUACAAAAUCUGAUUCCGGCCGCCGAUCACCACCAAAACCUUCCCUCCUCCUCCCUCCUCCUUCUCAUCGCCACCCUUCCGUGCAUGCUUGUGCCCUUGUUAAGGAACAUAAGGGAUUUGCUGAAAACUUAAAAUGGCCGGCGGCUGAUGUGACUGCCUUAUCAUUUUGUGACGAUACUGCCAAAACAUAUGAGAAAUUUCAAUGUCAAUGGGCGAAAGAGGGACCUGUUGGUGAGACUAAAGAUGAGACUCAGUCAGCAAAAACAAAGACUCGUAAAAGUAAGAAGCGGUGGACAAAGAUAUACACAUUUAUGGUUGGAGCUUCUCUUUGUGUAGUUGUGGCGGUUUUCUCCUUUGCUCUUCCAAAGCAAGUAGCGCUACGUCAAACAGUUGUCCCGUACUCGGAUUUUAUUGGUGGCAUUCGGGAUGGGAGUGUGACACGAGUUCAAUUUGUGGAGAACUCACGCCUGAUCUAUUAUGACGCCAAACCUUCCAAUGACCAAGAUGUUGAAACUCAACAAAGUGAACCGGGUCAAAUAGAAUUGUUGAAAUUAUUUACACCCAGGUGGAGGCACUAUACAAGAAACGUGGGAGACGAUAAACAACAAAUUAUUAGGAUACUAAGAGAUAAGGGUAUCACAUACGGUGCAGACCCUGAACUGCUUUCUGAUACAAUGAAGACUGUGGUUUGGGUCAUGUUUCAAACAACGCCGUACUGGGUCAUGGUGGGAAUUUCAGGCUAUCAGUUGUAUAUGCAACAAGGUCUUGGGAAAAUGAAAAAAAGAAAACAGAGUAAGAAACUGUCUGUAACUUUCGAUGACGUGGAAGGUGUAGAUUCUGCAAAAGCUGAACUUCUUGAGAUUGUCUUGUGCAUUAAUGAAGAUAGCAAAUACAUGAAACUUGGGGCAAAGUUGCCCAGAGGGGUUUUGCUUGCUGGUCCUCCAGGGACAGGGAAAACAUUGCUGGCCCGUGCUGUGGCUGGAGAAGCAGGUGUGUCGUUCUUUUCCAUUUCAGCUAGUGAAUUGGUAGAGGUUUUUGUUGGUACCGGAGCUGCCCGUGUUCGAGAAAUUUUCCGUGAGGCAAGAAAAAAUUCGCCAUCUAUUAUUUUCAUAGAUGAGAUAGAUGCGGUCGGUGAGCAACGUGGAAGAACUUUGAAUUGUGAACGCGACCAAACUUUAAACCAGCUUUUGACUGAGAUGGAUGGGUUCGAUAAGGAUGAAAGUGUGGUAGUUAUAGCUGCUACUAACAGGCCGGAGACACUGGAUUCUGCUUUGAUGAGACCAGGACGAUUUUCCAGGAAAGUUCUUGUCGGUGAACCAGAUGAAGAUGGUAGGCGAAAGAUUUUUGCUUUGUAUAUGAGAGAUGUCCCCAUGCAGGAAGACAAAGAAACCAUUUGCGAACUUGUUGCUUCUCGUACCAAAGGAUUAGUUGGAGCUGAUCUUGAAAACAUAGCUAACGAAUCUGUAAUGCUUGCUGGUCGCAGAGGUGGCGAUUUUGUGACAAGAGAUGAUGUUUUUAAAGCUGUUGAGAGAGCCACAACAAAGAUUUAUGAUGAUGAUUAUACUACCAAAACCAAAUCACCAUAUUCAUUUGGACCAACAGCAGUAGGAGGAGGUGCACAGUACAGGGGUCCAGCUAUGGGAUUCGGAUUCCCGAACUGAUGAAGCAGUUCGAUUCGUUGAAGGUAGCUCAUUUGAUCCUGGUUUUGUAGCAAAUCUAGGAUUUCAUGUUUCUUAUGUAUGUGUGUUGGCAUGGAUGGGGAGAUGGAUAAUUUCAUUAGUAGAAUGAGUAUGUGAUUGUAUUCACAUUUGCUUUUGAUUAUUUAUGGUUGUCACAGUAUUAGGGAAUGGAGGACACCAAUUAAAACUUUGCAACAUUUUUUUUUUCUUUCUAAAAGGUAAGGUUUCGUUUUGCAAUA